AUCCUUCUGACUCUAAGCAUCAUCAAAGAACCCAGCACUCUUCAACCCUCGGUCAGAUCUCAUUUACUACUGCUAGUACUAAUCCUCUUCUCGGUCGUCUAAAUUAUGCCUCUCGUUCCUUUUCAUUGUUUGGCUUGCGCAGAUAAAUAUUCGUGAUAGACAAGACCCUUCCUUAUAUAUUAUCAUGGACCUAAACUCGAGAACCAGUUCUAAGCAGUUCAGCGCCAGUGAGACGGGAGACCACCGGUAUAAGAGGGAAAGCAAUGGCCCAAAUCCGGCCGACAUCGGGCUCCAAAACCCAGAAGCUUGCAUAACCGCGUGUUUCGACUUGUUUGUUUAUGAACUACGUGAAGACCCCAACGGGAAUUUUGAAGAUGUAUGCAGGCUGCUCUCGAACAGUCAACCCAAUACGGAACUCUGGAAAUUGUAUUGCUGCGACUCGACAUUCUGUGGCGUCUGGACGGGUGAAAAGGGGCAGAGCCCUAAUGUUGAUUUAAUUAUUAACAAAUGUCAGAAUAUCGGUGGUUAUCUGAUCUACGACCCAGGGCCACCGCCUGAUAAAUAUAAUUGCAGUUCAGCUUUAACUGUGUCACCGCUUGGUGAGCCUGGUGGUCGAACAAUUCUUCCGAGUGACGGCCCAUCAUCCAUCGUAACUACACCAUCCAGCCUGCUAUCUACAGCGACGGGAACUUCUCUAAGUUCUGCAUUCAACUCAAAUUCAUCAAGUAUCGGUAGUGUGUCACAUAAAUCGACUGGCCUUUCGGAAGGAAGUAAGGCAGCGAUAGGCAUUUGUUCAGGCUUGGCGAUAAUAGCGAUUGUUUUCCUAGGGGGGUUCCUGAUAAUCCGACGUCGAUCAAGUCCUCAAAACUUCUUGGAUGACCACCAAAAUCCACCUCGUCUUGGCCGUUCGUCUUCAGAGCCACAGAGCGGGUUGCAUACACCCUUAAUUACGCCGCUACCGUCAGCAUCAUCAAAGAGGCCGCCAUUGACACCCCCAGCUCGUCUCAGUGAUCGUAGAUUUCUCCCAUCACUUCUCAAGCAAGGUGAUACGCCAAAUUCCUCAUUCGUCUCCGGCUUGCACGAAAGGAUGACCAUACCCAGUAGUCUUAAUGCCAGCACGGAAAAGAAUAUUAUGCUACCGCAUAAAGGCCAUGGGAUCCCGAGUAUCGUCACCGAGCCUCCCGUCUCUGUGUCGCCCCCAGCAGUCGUACACUUCGCUGAUAGUAGCAUCUCAUACAAUAACGGCUCCGCUGGAAUAUUGACUUCUGCCAAUUCCAAAAAAGACAGCUCGGUGUAUUCUAGCACAAUAUCCACCACGCCUGAGAUCAACUCGCAGUUAUCACCACUGCCAUUGUCCCCUCCUCGACCCGUAAGGCCGCACGAAGAACCCAUAGAGAUCCCGCAUCUAGUUACACCAGCUGGGCCGCCACCAAGCCGCGCGCUACCAGCGCCACCUCCGUACCACCCCGCAUCACCAACGUUCUCCGUGUCACCCAUAUCGACUCCAGGCUCGCCCGCGCUGCCUUCUCUCAAAUCCCCGAAUUACGCAAGAGAGAGGAGUUACGUCUCCGAGGACAUCGAACUGGGCGACGAAAACAAGGGAUUGCCGGAUGCUUCCGCGAUCGGCAUUGCGCUCCCAACAUCCCCAAAAGACGUUACACACUCGCCGCAGCUACCGCCACAGCCAUAUCUCUCCAAGACGCCGCAUAAUAGCCGGGGCAAUAACACGGAAGGGGUAAAGGGGAGUCGUGGAAAGCCGCGGGAUAAUACCAUCACAAGCAGAUAUCAAGGAGAGAACGGAUCUACGCUAUCGCUCCAGGAACUAAGUGCGGGAAAGCUGGGGAAGAAAGAGCUGAGCGUAUGGGACGACUAGGUACCUUAGGAGGUGCCCAAGGUAAGAUGCUGGUGGUAAGAAUGCGCCCAAGAGUAAUGUGCUUUUUUUCCCCUUGUUCUGCCAUCAAAUACCAUUUCUAUUAUAACAGUUGCGAUAGAGAAAUAUAGUAAGAGAUGAAAGCCAAAGAUCGGGGUUUUGGAACGCGAUACCUAAGAGAUGCGAGUGGUGUGGUUUCGAUUAAUGAGGAAAGGGUAUUUCCAUUCUAGACUCGUGUCUUAUUAAAUUAAGUUGUCGGUUCAGUUAGAAUUACUCGCAUUUGGC